CCUUUAGAUUUAAUUGUAAAUUAUCAUAAUCAAAUUGCCAUGUAUUUAGUCCUUUACUAUCAAAUUAAUGCAUUUAUUGUGUCAAAAAAGUUGAUGUACCCGAUAGUACCCGACCACUUUUCAAUAUAGCUUUUCGACGUUUAAAGUUUUAUUUAUGGAAUCUUUUUUCGUGAAUUCUGAUCAAAUCGAGUGUACAAGUUUUCAUUGUUUAUGAGACGAAUCAAAUUAUUUUGUUGAAAAUUAUAAAAAAAUGGACGGGUUCUAGAUGAUGUCGGGUACUAGCUGGUUUAGAUUUUACCCUAUAGUCUAUCGGUUUCCAAUAAGAGCAUAACCUCAAAUUUGAACACGCCGUAUCUAUACUGCCUAAUGUCUACUGCUAGAAUGUGAAGUUGUUGUCAACGAAAGAACAAUUCAAUAAGUUAAAAUUCAGUAUUUAACGAAAUUUAUUUUAGUGAUUAAUUAUAUUAAACAUGGAUCAAAUCAGAAAUUUCAGAGACUUUUUGAUGAUAUACAAUAAGAUUUCUGAUACGUGUUUUACAAGUUGUGCAAAUUCAUUCAUGACAAGAGAAGUGGAGCCUGAUGAGGCUGCCUGUGUGGAAUCUUGUGCAAAAAAAUACAUUCUGACUAAUCACAGAAUGAUGAAAGUUUUCAUAGAAGCUCAAGCUCAAAUAGUACAGAGAAGAAUAGAAGAAAUGAAUGCGGCACAACAAACAGAAGCAGCAAACAAUUCUGCUCCAAAUGAACUUGCAUCUAAUAAUAAUUCACUUACGAGUGUUGAAACAAAAACUUAAAGAAGUGAUUUAAAAUAAUUGUUUUUA